AUGACACGGUUUGCUGCCGUGAACUAUCCAUUUAGUUCAUUAAAAUUAACAAGCAAAUUCACAAUAGGAUGCCUGGGGUUGACAUGGCUCUAUUCAAGUAUGAAUGAACUAUACAAUAUAAGAAACGGCAUAAUUGAAUUUUUUAAUUUAAUUGCUUUAGCUAUUUGGAUUACACCACCUCUCUUUGGUUGGAACCGUUUUAUCUUAGAAGGUUGUCUUACAUCUUGCACAUUUGAUUAUAUUGCAAGUGAUUGGAAAUCUCGUUCAUUUAUUUGGCUAUUAAUUACCGGUGGUUUUUUCCUCCCAUUAACCGUCAUCGUAUUAUGUUAUAUUCUCAUUGUAGUUAAAUUAUCAAAACGACGAUCGACUGGUUUUCAAGGAUUAAAUGAUAAUAAUGAUGACAGCGAUCAUCACACACCAAAUACAGUUGCUCAAAGUUUUCGACGCACAGAAAUACGAGCAACGCGAAAUGUGGUAUUUAUUGUUAUUAUGUUUUGUCUCGCUUGGGGACCGUAUGCAUUAAUGGCUCUCCUUGUUCAGUUUGGUCUUCGGAACUGGGUGAAUGCUUACAACACAUCUAUACUAGGAAUAUUCACAAAAACGGCAGCAUGCACGAACCCGAUGAUUUAUGCGUUGUCAUUAACAAGUUUUCGUGAUGAGUUCAUAAGUUUAUGGAAUAAUAUCAGACAUCAUAAUUCGAGAAAACUAACACUGAAUUUAAAAAAGUGGUCAUCAUCAAUCUACGUUGAUCAAGAUCCUCAACAUCGAAUCUGCUCUGAAUAUUUAUUGAAAGUUCAACCAUCGCACAAACUAACAAUAAACGAAGAUUUUUAA